AAACUUUAUGAUUGUCGAUCACAAUUAUGAUCGGGUACAGAAUCUCGUUAGACAGCUUCGCGGGGAAAACAAGAUGUACGCCUGCGAGAGCUGCGGCUUCAAAUCCACAAAAGAAAGCAACUACAUACGCCACUUGUCAACAGGCAAACACAUAAAAACAUCUCUUUUUCUGAAAGAAGACCGCGACGUAGAACCGCCUGACGGAAAUUCUUUUUCGGACGACGAACAUCAGGACAUUCGUCAAGAACAUGGCGAUGACAGUUCAGAUGGCGAAGACACUCAAGACGGUGAUCAUGGUGAUAAAGAGUCUGGUUUGAAGGAACAGUCACAGGAUGAUAAUCCAUUUUUUCCAUUUAAUAAUAAGUUGCACAUGCUUUUGUAUGUGCUAAAGAACUCCCCCACACAUUCCGUGAGCAAUGAAGUUGUGAAAUUUGUAAUUUACAUUUUAAAAGAGGCUGGAGUGAAAGAAAUACCAACAAUGCAUGAUCUGGAGGAAACAAGGUUUGGAGAUUUGAAUUGGAGGAAUUUAGUACAGGAGAAUGAAGCCAAUGAUGGUACCACUUUUUGGAGUCUGAAGCCAUCGGAAAUCUUAAAACUUUUCCUUGCAAAUCCAAAAUAUGCAAAAGAUGUUAUUAGGUUACCAACUAAUCAGAAUAAUCAUCCCUCUGGAGCUGAGAAAUGGAGGAAGGACAUCACAUUUCACCACUUGCGAAUUGAUGAUGUGUCUUUAUUUACUGGUAAAAUGUAUACCUACAGGGACAACAACACUGGUGAAGAGCAGCAUGGAAUGUUGAAAAGCUUCAUAGAUGAGAAAGAUGUUAUCAAGGGAGUUAUACAGCCAUAUGUGAUAAACAGAGAAAACAAUGCCUCUCCUCAAAGGGAUGUGAAUGAUAUCAGGCCUAGUGAAGAGACAAUAGAAGUUGAUGUCAAACACCUUAGAGAAUGUACAGAGCAAGCCUUUUGCCAGCAUGAAAAUUUGUCUCCAUUUGUUGAGAGCCUAUCGCCAGUUUGGACCUUACCAGUUAAUAUUUUUAUCGAUGACACCUCGGCAAACAGAAGCAAACGAUGGCUUGGCCUACAUUGCAUCCAGAUGCAACCUACAGUACAUUUACACAACAGAACUCUUUCAAAGAACGAUAGACUUGCUGUUUAUCUUAAUCUCAGUUUGCUUUCUUUUAAAAUAGGAUUAAAGCUUCCUCUUCGACAACAACAUGAUACAAUUUCCCUUUUAUGUGCUUCUGAAAAAGUGGAGCCCAUGACUUUGAUGAAACCUGUCAUCUCGGAUAUACAAUCAUGUAAAAGGGAUGGCAUUUCUGGUUUUGAUGCUUAUAGAAAGGAAGAAUGCAUUAUAACGACAGACUUAAACAUAAUUGUCGCAGAUUUUAACAUGCAGUCUUAUCUCUGCAAUCAUCUUGGAGCCUGUGCUACAAAAUAUUGUCCACGCUGUUAUGCGGAUGUAGACCAUGCCACAAGUAAAGCCAGAGAGAGGACUCCAUCAAAGACGUUAACCACAAUUAACAGAAUCAAUAUGAGAAGUAUGGAGGCAGACAAACGGAAACUAAGACAACAAACUGGUGUCAAAGAAUAUGAAAAUCCAUUGUGGGACAUAAUUAAUCCACACAGGGAUAUACCAGUGGGUUUCCUCCAUCUGAUGCCAUUAGGCCUUACUAAACACUUGGUGAAGUGUUUAACAGCAUCAUUAUCAGACGAGAAAGUUGAGAAGCUGCAAGCUCACCUGUCUUCACUGACAAAGCUUUCUUUUGCUAACAAAUUUUUUGCUUCUUUGGACAGUCGCCAAGGCAAGGACUUCAAGCAAUAUCUACAAUUUGCUCCCAUCAAUUUUGCCUAUGUUGGUAUUCCUCGUCAGUUUCUAAAAAUGCUGAACACGCUUGCACAGAUACAACAAGUCCUACAGAAAGACCAGUUUACAGAGUCUGACAUUGAGGAGGCUGAACAUCUUAUCAGCAAGUACCUUAACCAAGUUGAGACCCAUAUACCAGAUUUGAAAAGGAAAGCAAAGACUCACCUCCUUUGUCAUAUGGUAGAUGACAUCAAGAGGCAUGGUCCUCCAAAAGGUUUCACUGAGGAUGGCUUUGAGAAAAACCAUGCUUCCAUUCGGAAUGACAUUUUCCACCAGAACCAAAAACAGAGGAGUAGAGAUACUGCCAUAUCCUUCUCCCACAUGACAUUGCUGAACCAUAUAAUUUCUGGUGGAUAUUUUCCACAGAACAAUGAUUGGGUGUGUUCAGGACAUGGAGCAAAAGACUUGGGUCUACAACGGGAGGUCCUGCAGUAUAUGGGUAGAUCCUUACCAGAGGAGGAAGGUGCAGUGGUCGUAAGGAAGCUGAAUAGGAAGCCGAAUGGUAAAGCCCUUCCAACCCUACUCGAAGAAUCCACUCUUCUUCAACUCUGUACAGAUUUGGAUGUACCCUACAUUCCUCCAGAGGAAGCCUGCAUUUACAUUGGCAGUGCCAUUAAGACACAGAGGAAUGAGUUGGCCAAUGUUGGUGAUGCUUUAAAGUAUUAUUCAGCAGAAAGUGAGUCCAUGGUUGGAAUUUUUAAAGAAGCACUAGUUGUGAAGAAAAAAAGAAGUGCAGAGAUCAUAUAUGCCGUAAAAAUUCAGAUUUUAGAGAAAGUUGGUCGUUCCCAAGAAACAGGAUGUCCACUUUUACAACUCAAGGACAGACAUAUUUAUAAGCAUCCUUGUAAAAUUAUUCAGUUGGAAGAGGUUUUCCACAACUGCAAAGAUACUAAGUGUCCUGUACAAAAAGACAACAUCAGUAACACAAU